GCAAUGACAAUUAAUAUGCAACAAGAUGUUUCUGAAGAAAAAAUGGUUAUAAUUUAUAAAGGAAUAAUCUGUGCGAUAGACAUUCAUCGCAAAGCUACAGAGUUUUCUCAAGUCUUUAUAAAGAGUUUUGAAGGAUCUUUCUUUUGUUUAAUAGCGGCUGGUAUGGUUUGCUUAACCAGCACUCUUGUUCAAGUCAUAUCAUAUAAUAACACAGAGCAACUUGUAUUAGGACUUGUACAGAUAAGUGUCCUCUAUGUAUACAUGUUUUUGUCUAAUUAUACCGCACAAGAUAUUACAGAUCACAAUGAAUACGUAUUUGUUACAGUGUAAGAGACAUUUGUACGU